GAGGGAGGGCAGUGGGCAUCAGAGGCCCAUUUGUGGGUCCCUGCAAGGCUGUGUGUCUGCCUGUCCUGUGCCCUAGAGUGGACAGGCUUUUCCCGUGGGGUCAGGGGAGGGACCAAGCCCAGGGUUCUCCAGGACUCUGCAUGGCUUAGGGAUCUGGGGCCAAUCUUGAAGCCUGAGAGUGCCCCUCAUUACCCCUGGGCCUCUUGGAAACAGUAGGGGAGUGGACAUCCAUCCUGCCACUUUGUUUUGCUGUAUCCCCAUCACCCCUUCAAGUUAAUGAUUGCUGGGGAGCCCUGGGGACCCAGCUCUUGAUUCCCCUCAACCUGGGCUGUCCCUACAGGUCCAUAGUGUCCUAGAGCCCUGAGCCAUAAGAGGUCAGGCCCCUCCCAACCUUUUGCAGGUGUGCUUCUGUGUAUAAAAGUGGAGGCCCCAGGAGCAGGGCCUCGGGGGUGCAGCCCAACCCUACGCUGAGCUGUUUCACAGCCAGCUCUGCUCCCUCUCCAAGAUGCUGUUUUGGCACAGCCAGCCAGAGCACCUGUGGCCCAGUGCUGGGGAUCUAUACCCUGCACCCCCAGCAGCCUACUCAGGUAAGGGGUGGAUCCCCCAGGUCCCAGGGAAGGUGCUGGUCUGAAGUUGGGGCGGGCCUCGUCAAUUUCAAGCUGAGGAGAGUGGGGCUUCUGCUCCUGAGCUCCUCUGGAGAUGGGAAGUGGUCAGAUGUACCCAGAGUUCAGUGCGUCCUGGGACAUCUCAAAAACACCCUGAUCCCACUUAGGACAUUUUGUUGGGAUUUUACUCAGUAUCAGGCAAACCUUGAGGUUGCAAAGACAAGUAAUUAGUGGCAGCUGUUGAGUAAAACGGCUACAAAUCUGGGACUAGCACCUUCAGGUAGUUCUCCUGGAGAUCCAGGGUGCUGAAUGGGGGUCCCUUCAGCCCUGGCUGCAGCUUAGGGGCCUGCUACAGGAAACUGUGGGCUCCUCAGAGGGAAGGCCUGGCAAAGAGAGUCAAAGACCCUUAGAAAAGGGGAUGGACAGGGCGGAAAGCUGGCAGAACCCUCCUGUCCCUGGCAGGGAGCCUCUGCUCUUGCCCUACUUGAAGCAGGAGGAGCUGCCCAACAGCCCUGGCACGGAGCCGCCCUGCCCCAUGUUCCAGUAUGUGCUCUGUGCAGCCACCUCACCAGCCGUGAAGCAGCAGGAGGAGACCCUCACCUACCUGAACCAGGGCCAGUCCUAUGAAGUGCAGAUGCUCUGCAGCUCCAAGCUGUGUGAUGCUACCCGGUGCCCCCAGCUGCUGAAGGUGAGUGCAGUGCACUCCUCCCCAGAAGUGGCAAAGGCUGGGUGUGACUGUUCCUCUGGGCAGGAAGCCAAUGUCAUCACAGUGAUGUCAUCGUCAGAGAAUCCUCUCAAGUCUGUCAUUUAGCUGAACCCUCACCAUAGCUCAGUGGUGGGCAAGAAUUGAAGAAACAGGCACAGAGAGGUUAAAUGUUUUCUCAAGGACACAAAGCCAGUAAGUAGCAGAACUGAGAUUUAGAAACACAUUUACACAGUGUAGGCCAGCCGCAGUGGCUCACGCCUGUAAUCCCAGCACUUUGGGAGGCUGAGGCAGGCAGAUCA